CUUGGUCAGAGCAGGAGCACCAUCAUAUGUCAUUCUAGACUCGGCCCACCACCAAGCAACAACAUCUGAUUUUCAGCCUCGAGGACCGACCAUGGAUACGGCACCGAGCUGUCGUCAUCACCAUCGUCGCUGAAAACAUAGGAAAAAAAAAAGGAACAGGUCGGUCCCUUACUCGGUCGACAGUAUGAAUUUCAACAAUGUCUACUAGCGCUACGACGACCCAGCUGGGCCGCCAGCUAUGGUCUUCAGUACGAGAUCUUCACACCACCUCGAAUCUCUUCACAGCCGCGAUACUGCUUCCAACUUGUCAGCCAUUACUGAGUCGUCAAAGUCUUGGACUUGGCCCCUCGACAUCGCUGGGGUCCCAUCAGCGAUACGGACAGCAGCAGAGCACGCGACAAUUUACCUCUUCCGCAAGUCGCUUUUUCUUCCCAGCAACAAAAUCGCAAAGACUACACUAUCAACAGUCACAACCAUCCCAUAAUGUCCUACGAAGCUGUACCUCCGGAGGCCUACUCCUCCUUGGGCUCACCACCAGCCCCUCUCCAACGAGCACGGUAGAGGCAUCCGCACUAUCCGGCAAUGCCGCGCAAAAGGCAAAAAUGGGCCACUUGGCUCGGCAGGCUUUACUCUUGCGAAGGAUACGACAGAACACCACGACCACAACGUUAUGCAAGACAGGAAAGCGAUUCCAAAGUUCGGGCAAAGAGACCAAGGGUGAUCAUGACGAGACCAAGGCCGAAGCCAAGUCUUCUACAAUUUCUCCUCAGCAAAAGUCCGAGCAACCACAGCAGCCACCGAAUACCGAGACGGCUUCCGGUUCUGGUUCCCAGCCGACUCCCGCACAUGAAUCAAUAGCAGAUUCCAUGUCUAAAUACCUUCACCUUCCUCACCUCCCCCAUUUGCCUCAUCGGCCCACAAAAGAAGAGCUUCUGGCGGCAGCAAGCGGGUUCUGGUCGCGUCUCAAGGUCCGAUUCAAGUGGUUCUCCAUCAGGAGCAUGCGCCCCUGGAACGCCGACGAAUGGGGAGCGUUUGUGUCCUUCUUCUUAUUCGGUCAUUUGGUCUGGAUUCUUGUUGGCACAACUACCUUCUUCUCCCUCAUCAUCCUCUUUAUCAACACGGUGUUUGCCCAGGAAACGCUGGCCAAGUGGAUCGGAGACUACCUGACCCAAUCUGCUGGCCUUACUGUUGUCUUCGAGUCGGCUAUUGUGCCCAAAUGGGGAGAUGGUGUCAUCACUUUCCGCAAUGUUUUCGUUUCUCGGAGACCUGGUCAGCCCAAGUCUUCCGUCAAGAAGGGUUCUUCCGAAGCUGCGGCCGAAGCUGCUGCUGCUAAACAAGCCGCCGAGCAAGAAGGCACUGCCGUGGAAGAGGACGAUGGCAAUUACACACAGUUUGACGUCACUAUAGACACCGUGAACGUGGCUUUAUCUUUCCUCAAAUGGUGGAACGGAAAGGGUCUCCUCAAAGACGUCGAAAUAAAGGGUGUUCGAGGCGUUGUUGACAGGACUUCGGUUGUCUGGGGCAACGAGGACCUCAACCCCCUUGACUUCAGACAGGAACAUAACCCUGGCGACUUUGAACUGGAUCACUUCAAGAUGGAAGACUUGCUGGUCACCGUCCACCAACCGGGCGGUUUCCGGCCCUUUUCCGUUUCCAUCUUCUCCUGCGAGCUGCCUCAGCUACGAAAACAAUGGCUGUUUUAUGACUUUUUGUCAGCAAAUCACAUGUCCGGAUCAUUCGAUGGAUCACUAUUCACCAUUCAUCCCAGACAGAUCCACGGUGUGUCCGCAGCAGAUAACGGCCGUCACCACCAAGACGAGUUCGGUUCUCCCUCGGCCUGGAAGAAGUUCUCCCGACUACGGAUUGAUGGGCUGAAGAUUGACCACUUGAACCGCGGUGUAGAAGGACCGUUUGGCUGGAUUUACGAAGGCAACGUCGAUAUGAUUGCCGACAUCAUGUUCCCUGCGGAUCCUGAGGAGGGUCUAAGCAAGGUUGUCGCCGAGUUUUACGACAAAAUGGAAGAAGCCGUAACCAGCAACCGCUACCUCAAGAUUCUAGACGGCAACAUUUCUCCCAACAGCCGAAGCAACACCAACAGCCCCACCCUCGAAAGCGGGCCAAUUCCGGAAUCUGCCUCUGACAUCGACCUCACCGGCCACCACGACGAGCUCCCCACCUCGGAGCAGCACUUCCCCCCCUUGAUCCCUCCCGCGACUCCCAAAGAGCCAGCCCCGAUUGAAGAAACUCCCUCCUAUCUAGUCAUGGACCUUCGCAUCCACCUCAACGACGUCCGCGCCGCUGUCCCUCUGUUCAACAACCCACACAUGAGCUACGUGAACCAAGCCCUAGUACGGCCCAUCGUCGCCUACAUCAACGCCAAGCGCACCUACAUCCCCAUCAGUUGCCGGAUCGUAAAGCGGCUGACGGACUUUGACGGAGCUUGGACCGUUUGGGACUGUGGGCUGAUGGACGAUAUGAGCGCCGAGGUGUACCGUGCUUUUGCCAGAAACGUAGAGGAUCAGCAAAGUAGGGUGAGGAGAUUCAAGCGCGUGGGACUGUGGACGGUCAGUCUCGUGGUACAUGCGUUGCUGGCUGGCGUGGCGGGAGACUUGAUGUGAGCCGUCAUUGGAUAUGACACUGACGAUUAUAGACUUUUGCCUGUAUUUUAUCAGGCGGGUAGAGGAAAAGUCUUGUUUUGUGACGAUAUGGGGUUGUGUUGUACUAUCCUUUUUUCUCUCUCUCUUCUCUACUUUACUUUACCGUGAGGGGGUUACCAUACCUUUCCAAGCGGUAUUUCACUGUACUAUACAUACAUCAAACAUACUUAUAUGGCUCUGAAAAACAGGAGCUCGAAGGAACAGACAGGCAGGCAGGCAGGCAGGCAGGUUAUGGUUAUGAACAGGAGGGAGGGGAUUUGAAACUGGUUUACGCUCUUAAUGACCCGGACGGAUCGAAUUACUGGCUGGAAUCAUAUGAAUGCGGGAGGCGAGGUGUUUUGUGUGCCCUGGUUUUGUUGUCAGUGAUGAUGGUUGCUCAGGGCAGAUCAACAUCGCGAUCGGAGUUUUAAGUGUUUUGAUUAGGGUACAGCAACAUUGUCUGAAAAGUUCACAUGGUGUUCAUGGUCGGGAAAUAUCACCUGUUCACUGGUGUAAGUUUCUGAGAGGGUUCUGAGAUGGUGACUGAAAUAGUGUUGGUUGUAAUUUUAGCCAUGGCAUCGAUAAGAGAACCUCACACCAGGAUGAUAUGCAGCCUGGACUUUCGAAACGUGAUGCUCGCCUUCAUUAUUGAAUGCACUCUAAAUCUACUUUCCC